UUAUUUAUUUUAGUUCCACCUUCUGGCUUCAAAUCAAUCAUACACUCACCCGUUCAUCAAGUUUCUCACUCCCUUACGUAAAUUCUCUCCAAAGCAACCAUUUCUCUCUCUCUCUCUCUCUCAAUUGUGCUUUCCAUCUCCAUCUCCAUGUUCUUCCUCACAGCCGACAGAAACAUGUCUACGACCAGAAGAGCUCUUUCUCUCUCCUCUCUCUGCGUUUUGCUUCUGAUCGCCAUCUCAGCCGUCGGAGCCGCGUCAACUACCGCCAUAGACUCCUUCGUCUUCGGCGGGUGCUCCCAGCUGAAGUACACCCCCGGUUCGCCGUACGAGAACAACGUGAACUCCAUGCUCACCUCCCUCGUCAACUCGGCUAUGUUCUCCUCCUACAACAACUUCACCGCCGUCGGCGCCGUUCCGCAGGACACCGUCUACGGGCUCUUCCAGUGCCGCGGCGACCUCCAGGGCAGCGACUGCGCCGGCUGCGUCGCCCGCGCCGUCACUCAGCUCGGCGCUCUGUGCAUUGACUCGCUCGGCGGCGCGUUGCAGCUCGACGGGUGCCUCGUCAAGUACGACAACGCUACCUUUUUGGGCGUGGAGGACAAGACUGUGGUCGUCAAGAAGUGUGGGCCGCCGGUUGGGUACGACUCCGACGCGUUGACUAGGCGAGAUGCUGUGCUGGCUUCUUUAGGGGCCGGUGAUGGCGGGCCCUACAAGACCUACCGGGCUGGCGCGUCAGGGAAUCUCCAGGGUGUGGCUCAGUGCGUGGGGGAUUUGAGUCCGAGCGAGUGUACGGAUUGCCUGGGGGACGCGAUCGGACGGCUGAAGACCGAGUGUGGGCCCGCCGCGUGGGGCGACGUGUUCUUGGCCAAGUGUUACGCGCGCUACUCGGAAGGUGGCGUUCACUCGCACGGCGGAAAGGAUGAUGAUUCUAAUAACAAUGAUGAUGAGGUUGAGAAGACCCUUGCAAUAAUAAUCGGGCUCAUAGCAGCGGUUGCAUUGUUCAUAGUAUUCAUUUCCUUCCUAAAUAAACUGUGUGAAAAAGGAAAAGGUGGCAAGUAAAUUACAAUUCUUGGAUAUCAUUUCUGAAUGUUCUGGUAAAUAAUAUGGCUUUCGGUGGCUCUUUUGCUUCUCCCUUUAUCACUUUUUGAAGUUUCCAUUAAAGAAUAGGGUAGAUAGAAAUAAAGAUGUGUAUGGAAAAGCAGACCUUGAAACAAGUGAAAAGAAAAGUUGCAAUAACAAGAAAAAAAGCUCAAAAGAUUCCACUCUCCCCCCACCCCCACUCAAGUCUUAGCAAUCUUAGCUUUGUCUGCUAAUCUGUAUAAAUUAUGAACAAAUUAGAGAAAAGUGCACUUUGUGAUGCUCUAGUUAGUGCCUCUGUCGUGUAUUAUUAGGUGCUUUUUCUUUAAUUUCAUCCAACAGUUGGAUUUUGACAUUAAUAUUUGUUAUUUUUCUUGUCUAUUCU